UGAUGAGCAAAGGGGAUGUCAUGCUGAUGUCGAUGCUGCAUGGGAACAAAUACAUUUUGUGUAUGCCCUCCUACCCAGCCACCUCAUCCACCUGCUUGCCCCUGCCCUACUCGUAGGUCGAUGUCUUCCCGUACGUAUGUGGACAAGGAUUGUAGCAGGACGGUGGGCGCCACAUGAAAAUAAUCCGGGUAUGUAUCCGCAUUGUUGCUACUAUCGUUUGUAAUUGCAAAUGGCGUCAGCAGCACCGUAAUCAAAUCAAAAUGAAGAGCAUGCCCGUCAGCGUUGUCGUUGUCUAGAUACAAAAGGGAGCGGGGGGUUAAGUGUGUAGUUCAGUGGAUCUGCAAGGGCAGGAGGGAGCGGGGGGUUAGUGUGCAGUUCAGUGGAUCUGGAAGGGCAGGAUAUCGACGACGAGAUAUCCAAUUGUAGAGGGAGUGGUUAGGGAGGGAGUCGCUAAGUAGCGGAUCUGCAAAAGGGUAGUUCAUCGGAAAUCCGUCGGCUGCGCCGCACCGUCAAGCCGGCGGGAUGGCACUCUCCUCUCCUCUUCGCUGGUCGAACCACCUGAUCUUCUUCUUACAUUGACCUCCCUUCUCUCCCGCGCGACGCUCGGGCCGUCUUCCCGACAAACAAUUUGACUGCCCCCCACGUGGCCUGUUUCCUUCAUCUAGCCCUCUCGCGUCUGCUGGACUGGCGUUCGAGUCCGCUCUUCGAAUCAAUGGCCAAGUCCUUUGAGCGGGAAGCGUUCUCAGAGGCAAGGAAAGAGGGGGAAGAGAGAACGUGUCUUCUACGGGUAGCAGCUCUGGAAAGAAACAGUCAACAUCCGAGCCUCCUACAUCGUCUUCAUCGUCGUCGUUAGCAAUUGUGUCAUCCCCCUCCCCCUCCCGAUCCACCUCCUCCUCCUUUGCCUCUUCCUCCUCUUCCUCCUCUUCCUCCUCUUCCUCCUCUUCCUCCCCCACCUCCUCUUCCUCCUUGCCAUUGUCGGCAAGGGCGGCGGGUCAGCAGGAAGAAUCGCGGAGACCCCGGUCGACGUCAUCGACGUUCUCUUCCAGUUGGAGGCAAGGAGAGGGCGCGACAAUGGGCGGGGAAAGCGGCGGCGGCAAACCGAGUGGGCGGCGGCGGGAUGUGGCCCCUGAGAAGAAGGGGGAGGGAGAAGAGGGGCCAGAGGGGGCAGAGGAAGUGGAUGAUGACGAGGAUGACGUCUCUUUCAACUUCUCCACUCUCAAGGACAAGAGCUGCCGCGUGCACGACAUUCUCAUCAAAGGCAAUGUGAGGACGAAGGAGUAUGUUAUCGAGAGGGAGAUGGAGGGUGUGAGACGGGCCACCACACUGCAGGAGCUAGCCGAUGAGCUGGCGACGGCAUCGCGCAAGCUGAAUGAUCUGGGAAUCUUCGAAGAGGUGACCAUCACUUGCGACGAAGGCCCGCCGGAACUGCCGGGAACGACAGCCAACCUAAUCGUCCAUGUGAAGGAGAAAGGACCUCUCUCCCUCCACGUGGGAUCGUACAUGCAAGGCCGCGAGGGGUCUAUAGAAGGCAGCCUGCAGCUCAAUAAUUACCUCGGGGCGGCGGAGAGAUUUGAUUGCAACGCGGCGAUCGGACAAAGCACCUCAAACACCUAUUGUCUGGGCUUCCACUUGUCCCAUUUUCGGGGAUUGCCGGCGUGGUUUCACACUCGCAUUUUCCAAUCCGUGCGCAACUGGCAGAGGCACAGUUCACACACGGAGAAGCUUAGGGGAUUAGUCGUCAGUGUGGCGAGCGGGAACCAUGACGUGUCGUACGAAUUGACAUGGCGAGAUCUCGCGGACUCAACAAGGCUCGCGUCGUCGAAGAUAAGAAAACAGCUGGGACAUUCGCUUCUGUCGGCGGCUAAGUACACGUAUGCGUUAGAGAGGAGAGACAAUCCGCUUCGCCCUACAAAAGGUUAUUCGUUCAGAUCGUCCACUCAAGUCGCGGGAUUAGGCCCGCCCGACGCUAGGAUAGUCCGAUUCGCCCGUCAGGACCUGGAAGCUCAUUUUUCUUUGCCUUUAAGGAGCAUUGGAGGGGCAUUGAGUUUUGGGAUACAUGGAGGGUUCCUUAUGCCAUGGGGAAAAGAUUUCCUGCGAAGAGCGACACCAAUUAGUGAUAGGUUUUUCCUUGGCGGUGCGUCAUCUUUGCGUGGGUUUAGAACCAAAGGCAUUGGGCCUUUCGAUGAGAGAAUACCAGAACCGGGUUACAACGGUGAUGCAAAAAGGGAUGCUCUUGGGGGGGAUGUGAUGUUAUCAGGAGUGGCUUCACUUUCGUUCAACCUUCCGGUGAAGGUACUGCAAGCCCUUGGCCUUCAUGGACAUGCCUUUCUGCAGGCAGGCAAUGUCAUCUCCAUCGCUGGCACCGACGCCUUGCCUCAUCCGAAGGAUUUUCUAUCAUCCUUUCGUGUUUCCUCGGGAGCGGGUCUCGUCUGGCCUACCAAGCUCGGGCGCCUUGAGUGAAGAUGUGCCUAAUGGAAGGAAGAAUAGUGGGUAACUUGGAGGGUUAAGCUCAGCAUCACCCUCUGUAUUGCCGUAUAUGGUCUUGGUUUUAGUUAUCGUUUCAUCUGUUCAAAUUUUCCUGCAUUCAGAAGCUCUGGUCACGUUUGCUGACCUGGCAACAAUCCUGGCUAAAAGUGGCUUUCAUGCUGUCAGGGCCUGGAGGUGGCAGGCAUGUGAUGUGGGGCCCUGUCCCUCUGAGCGCCGGAAGGGAACGACUGUUGAUUGCUUCAGUUCUAGACUUAGAGCUGUUGAGUGGAUGUGGAUAUUGAAAGAGGCAAACCAGUGAUGAUAAAAGAGAUUCCAAUUUCCAAGAGCAUAAGUGGUGCUUGGAUGAAAGAGGUUGAGGUGGCAAGGCCAAAUUUCAGCUCCUGCAUGUAUGCUCACAAAUUGCACAUGCACAAAGGCUGCGGGCUAGCGCGGGAGGGACGGGAAGGGAGAGAAAGAACAGGCGGUUUGAUGGGUGAAUGCUGGUCAUUGAAUAUCCAGCUACUCGUCUCCGUAGCAGGUGGGGUCUUCAUGAUCUCUGUGUGUAUAGCAGAUGACCCUGUCAUAGAAUUGCAUUGUGUAUUUCUCGCCACUCUCUUUGUCUUCAAGAUCUCAGGGAUUGUAGUUUUCCCACUGUGGAGUUUUUUAUGUCAUUUAAGCUUGCAGGAAAGAUUGAAUAGCUGGUCGUCUUUUUUAAAGCUGUGAACUCCCUUACGUCUGGGGGUUGCAGUGGUUUGUGACCCCUUUUGGUAAUAAUGCUGUCAGUUUGAUGGGGUCACGGAUCUGAUCCCCGCUUGCACCUCCCCCCAGACCCCGCUUGCACUUCCCCCCAGACCCUGCUUGCACCUCCCCCCAACGCGAACAACUUUGUGGGACUGGUAGCAGCACUUCAUCAGGCCUACUGGUAGCGCAGUCUUGGGGGAAGUGAAAAAAAAAAAAAUCACCGAAAAGUUGCAAAAACGAUCAGUUUGGCGCGUGAUUCUUUUUUCUGUUUCAGAAGUCUUCUUUUCUUAAAGAUACGUGUUUGGAAAGAUCAGCACCUAAUC